CACGCUUUGGCCAGCGUGGGCUGUGGCUUAGCUUGUGCUCGUGAAGUGAUUUGACAAAGAAGCGAAUCUCGAGAGAGGGAGAUUGAGGGAGAGAGGAUCGUCUCGCUCAAGCGCCGUACUUUCUCUCUCGCAACCGUAUAACUGAAAAAUGGCUUCAGAUCCGAAGGUUCACCCCUUUGAAGAGGUCACCAAGCACAACAAACUCAAGGAUUGCUGGCUUGUUAUAUCUGGAAAGGUGUAUGACGUUACCCCAUUCAUGGACGAUCAUCCAGGUGGUGACGAAGUUCUAAUAGCGGCAACAGGGAAAGAUGCGACAAACGAUUUUGAAGAUGUCGGCCACAGUGAUUCUGCAAGGGAAAUGAUGGAAAAGUAUUGCAUUGGUGAAGUAGAUCCAUCAACGGUUCCUCUGAAGCGCACUUACGUUCCACCUCCCCAAGCCCACAAUUCUGAUAAGAGCCCAGAUGUCAUCAUUAAGAUUUUGCAGUUCCUUUUGCCCCUCUUGAUCCUGGCCUUGGCCGUUACUGUUCGAUACUACACCAAAGAGAAUUAGCCAAUUACAAUCCAUCUUUUUAGGGCCUCCGUUUUUACUUGGUUAGGUGGUCAUCAACGUCAGUGGGCUGAGUCAAAAGAACGGUUUAGUCCCCUUCUUAUUAGUUGCUUUAUGUUUCUUGCACAUUGUGAUUGUCUCCAAACAAUUUAGUUGUUUUUAGUUCCUUUGCGUUUUGGGCACAUCGUGAUUGAGCAUCAGUAUGGAUAAUGGUUUAUUUUGUUUUGCUUGAUAUAUCAACUUUGCUCCUUUUUGUUUUCC